UUUGUUUCAAGGUGUUUUGAUGGCGGAAUUUAAACUUUGUCUGUACAUCUUCAAUCUGCAUUCUGUUUUCCAAUGACUGAUAACCUGCGAACUAUUAAAUGUGUUGUAGUUGGCGAUGGAGCCGUUGGGAAAACGUGUUUACUUAUAUCAUACACCACAAACAAAUUUCCGAUGGAUUAUGUUCCGACUGUGUUCGAUAACUAUGCUGUAACUGUUAUGGUUGGAGGGGAACCGUACACUUUGGGACUUUUUGACACAGCUGGUCAAGAAGAUUAUGACCGUUUGAGGCCCCUGAGUUAUCCUCAAACGGAUGUUUACCUUAUUUGCUUUUCUGUGGUCAACUCCACCUCUUUCGUGAACGUCGAGGAAAAGUGGGUCCCGGAAAUAAGACAUCACUCGCCCAAGGUUCCAUUCCUUCUUGUUGGAACACAAAUUGAUCUUCGCGAUGAAGGCGCUACAAUAACCCGCUUACAUAACGACAAAGCGAAAAUGGUCAGUAGUGAUCAGGGUAAAAAACUCGCCGAACGUUUAAAAGCCGUCAAGUAUCAGGAGUGUUCAGCUCUUACCCAGAAGGGUUUGAAAGAUGUGUUCGACGAAGCUAUCCUUGCUGCUCUGCGACCUCCAACAGACCGUAAAAACAAACGUUGUUGUCUACUGUGAAAACUGAGUCCUUUUGCCAAUCCGUCCUUUUAUUAUUGAUUUAACUUGUUAUGGAAAAAUCAGCAAAAUUUUUGGUCGGAUUCCUUACAAACCUUACUAUUAUCUCCAUAUUAUUCUUAUCAUCAUUAAUUUUUAUUGAUACUAUUGCUAAUACAACUCACAGACUCAAUUAUGUGUUCAACAGCAAUGUGAGUACUUUGACAAAUGUGGCCUUGUUCCUUUAUUUUCUCCCCUUUCUUUUAUCUCUACAGAACGGUGAUCUUGCUGUUAAUUUUAAAAAUUCUACUGUUAAUGCUAUUUGUUAAAUAAAUCAAUGCAUCUUCA